CGAAAUCGCUCGCUUCACAAUUAAUCUUGCUUGGUGGUCGAGAAGAAAGUAUUGACGAAAAAGUACAAACAUAUAACAAACGCGCAAAUGUUCAUUCGCAAAAGUCAAAAGGAAAAAAUAAUCAAGUUUUUGGUCAUCAUUCGUGA